AUGAAAAUAUUUCUUGUCAUCCUAUUAUUCCUUACUAUCAAUGUAGCUGCCAAUGGUCCAAAACAUUAUCCUUGUGGAAACAAGUUAGGUCCUGGAAAAGUUUUAACAACAUAUACUACUAAUCAAGUCGUAAACGUUCAAUGGGAAAUUACAGAACCUUUGGGAGGUACUUGUUUUGUCGAUUUGUCAACAACUAGAAAAGAUGGUGCCUUUAAAACCAUUAGAACCAUUCCUAAUUGUGCAGAUAAAAUCGGUGAAAAUUUUCAAGCCGAUGUACAAUUUCCUAAAAAUACUACUUGCCGAUAUUUCUAUCUUACCGACCAACAAAAAUGA